CUGAGGGGGCUCAGUCGACAGCCACCACUGCUGCUACUGCUACUGCCGCAGCGCAGCCACCUCGGUCUCUGUGCUGGUAGGGGCCGCCGCCCGGACAGCUACGCUGCCUAGCAUCCCCAGGCAGUAAGCCCGCUUACUCCCCGCGAGUGCGUGCACGUUGGAAGUUGUUGACAACUAUAUCCAGCCCUUGCUGAAUACAUCUUAUUGUCCACAUAUCCAGUGUGAAGUCCCUCCAGGUACAAGGUGGGCACCAUGGCUGAGAAAUUUGACUGCCACUACUGCAGGGACCCCCUGCAGGGUAAGAAAUACGUGGAGAAGGAUGGCCACCACUGCUGCCUGAAGUGCUUUGACAAGUUCUGUGCCAAUACCUGUGUGGAAUGCCGCAAGCCUAUUGGUGCAGACUCCAAGGAGGUGCACUAUAAGAACCGCUAUUGGCAUGACACCUGCUUCCGCUGUGCCAAGUGCCUGCACCCCUUGGCCAACGAGACUUUUAUGUCGAAGGACAACAAGAUCCUGUGCAAUAAGUGCACCACGAAGGAGGACUCCCCCAAGUGCAAGGGCUGCUUCAAGCCAAUUGUGGCAGGAGAUCAGAAUGUGGAGUACAAGGGGAUCGUCUGGCACAAAGACUGCUUCACCUGCAGCAACUGCAAGCAAGUCAUUGGGUCUGGAAGCUUCUUCCCUAAAGGGGAGGACUUCUACUGCAUGACUUGCCAUGAGUCCAAAUUUGCCAAGCAUUGCGUGAAGUGCAACAAGGCCAUCACAUCUGGAGGAAUCACUUACCAGGAUCAGCCCUGGCAUGCCGAGUGCUUUGUGUGUGUUACCUGCUCUAAGAAGCUGGCUGGGCAGCGUUUCACCGCUGUGGAGGACCAGUAUUACUGCGUGGAUUGCUACAAGAACUUUGUGGCCAAGAAGUGUGCUGGAUGCAAGAACCCCAUCACUGGGUUUGGUAAAGGCUCCAGUGUGGUGGCCUAUGAAGGACAAUCCUGGCACGACUACUGCUUCCACUGCAAAAAAUGCUCCAUGAAUCUGGCCAACAAGCGCUUUGUUUUCCAUCAGGAGCAAGUGUAUUGUCCCGACUGUGCCAAAAAGCUGUAAAUUGACAGGGGCUCCUGUCCUGUAAAAUGGAAUUGAGUCUUGUUCUUUGUGUCCUCACCCUCUGCCCUAUACCAUCCAUAGGGGAAGAACAGUCUCCCACCUCUAAAAAGUUGUUCUUUCUGUCUUUUAUCCCAUUUUACAGUAUUACUCAAAUAAGGGCACACAGUGAUCAUUCUAAGAUUUAGCAAAACCAGCUCCGCAACAAAGUUAAUUUUGUGAUAGCUGCAUAUAAAAAACGAACACUUAGAUAGAUGGACUCUUCUGCAAGUUUAUCACAAAGCAGAAAAGUACUAACCAUUUAGCUGCUUAAUGAUGUAAGCAAGAAGCCUAAGACAUAAAGUUCCCACUGAGAUGCCCUUUGUGACUCAGCUGGGAACCACCAUGUCAUCACAGGACACAAGAGUUGCAGCGGCUGCUCCAACUCGCUGCUCAUCCUGUGUUCUGUGAGCAGAAAGAGAACUUAUCGAAAUGCAUGGUUUAACUUCCUCAUCAAAACCUUCCUCUGUUCUUUUGUGCUUUGGAUGGACUAAUAUGAAUUUCUAGAAAAUUAACAUUUGAACUUAGCUGUGAUUCUAAACUGACCUUUUCCCCAUACUAACCUUUGAGUUUCCGGAGUGCUGUGUUUUCUGAAUGUUCCUACUUUCAAGCAUGGAACAUGCAGGUGAUGUGGAAAGUGUAGGUAGAUCUGAGAAAAUGAGCCUGUUUCAGAGGAACAUCGUCACAGUGAAUACUUCUCUUCUGGAAUUUUAACAAAACUAACCCAGCUGUCAUUUUUUAAAAUUAAUAAUAUUUUGUUUUAAUUAAUAGCAAUAUAGAUUAUCGGUUUGGAGACUUGCAUGAAAUAUUUUAGCCUCCUCAAACGUUCCUGCAGUUUUGAAAUCAUCCUACAGAAGUAACCAUAAAACUCUAGAGGGGUAGUUGAGCAGGUGCCAGGACUGUCAUUGACAUUGAUGUGACAAUUCCAGUGGCGAGUUGAAUCCCUUAUAACAUAGUAGUUGUCUGCUCUUUGUCUCUGUGUUAAAGAGGCCCACCAAUGUCCCUUCUCUUAUAAUACUUAGGACUGUUCCUAAAGAACUUAGCUAUAUCUCUGGUGGAGUGGGGAGGUCUCCAUCCUCACAGGCAGCCAUAUAGUGCUUACCUGAGAUGCAAUAUCACCUACUUACUGUAUUCUGUCUACAUUAUUAUAUUACAUAGUAGAAUGAGACAAUAUCAAAGUGAACAUGUAAUGACAAUACAUAUUAACAUUCUUGUAGUAAUGAUUAGAGAAGUCGAUGCCUCAUUUCUAUAUUUUGUCAUUAGUUAAUAUCAUCUAACAUUUCAGUGUAUCAUUACAGAAAUAAAGCAGCAUAUAAAUAA